AAGAAAUCAGGAACAAGAUAAGACGUAAAGCUAUUUGCCUUCUCCUCUUCAUCUCCCUCUCUAAGCACUUCAGUGAUUAUCACCAAUGGCGGCUUCUCUCUUCUUCAUGCCAACAGACCAAAACCCAAACGAGUUUCUGAGAAACACUUACCAUGUCAACGACUCCAGCGAGAUCCCGACAGAGCCGCCACAGAAUAUUCAUGGUCGGAUACCGGGAUCCGAGACAGGUAACCAAAAACCAAAGAAACAAGUGCUGAGAGGGAUGGGUGUGGCAAGGCUCGAGCGACUCAGAAUCGAAGAAGAAAGGAAGAACAUGAUCCUAGCCCAAGGAGGAAGAGGAGCGAGCCCUAACGCUACCCGUUCACCCGACCCGGGUGUUGUGCUACAAGGCUUCCCAAGCUACGGUACUGGUGGGCCCAACAUGUCUGUCGGAGGGUAUACUCGAAACGGAUCGGGUCAGAUCCCGGUUUAUUCCCCAUGGGGUGUUGUAGGGACCUCCACUCACGAGCUCUCUUCAAUCCCAACUCCUCAAGUGUAUAACCCCUCCAAUAUUCACUGUGAUGCUUGCUUCAAGAGGCAACGUAUCAAUGAAGAAGUACGAGCCAACGGUGGUGGGUUUCCGCAAUACACAAUGGUUCCUCAUUUUCUUCCACCAGAUCAGAGGAGCCAAGGCUUCUUAUACGAUCAUAGAAUCACCAGAUAUUCAGCCUCACCUUCUGCUUCUACUAAUCAGGGCUCAAUGGAGGAACUUGGGAGCGGAAGCCCUAGAAACGGAACAAGAGAUGUGAAGGAGUACCAGUUUUUCCCUGGAAGCGAUGGUAAUAAAUCGGUUUCAUCAGUGUCUACAUCAGUUGGUGAUUGCAGUCCCGACACAUCCACCAUCGAUUUGUCCUUGAAGCUUUAAAUGUUCUUUAACAUAUUUUUGAAACAUUUCUGGAGACUUCUCUCACCUUUUCUCU